AUGGCCACUGACACGGAAGAGGAUGAGCUUGUGAGGCGCGCUGUAGCGGAGUGCCCAGCAGCCAUGCGGCUGCUGUACCGCCUCGAGGUGCGAUUGGACGCAGAACGGCAAGAGCUGUCUCGCCAGAUCCAGAGUCUUGAGCGAGAUGUCAGAGCCGCAUCCAUCAAGGAGCCCCAGCGCGAGCGCUUGAUCUGCGAGGCCAGGGACGCGGCGGAGUGGUCGGAGCUGUCGGGCCGCCUGGAUGCGCUGAACAGCGUGCUGGCCAACCACGGGGCUCGGCUCCUGGAAGGUGAGGCCAACUUGCAGGCCGUCAUGGAGCACGCCGGCUGGCAAGCAGAGGAGCUCUCAUUUUCGCCGCACCGGGCUUUGCCAGAACGAAGCAGACCGGACGACCAAAGCGAGCGCCGCACACCUUCGGGAGCCAAACAUGCAGAACUUGAAGCGCUGCGCGAUGGAGUAGACGACAUGCGGCAGCAGCUCGAGGAGCUGCAGCAUCAGCGGACCUCGACCUCCACUUCCGCCGCAAUGGGCGACAUGAAGGCCCUGUGGCGAGAGGUUUCCAAACUUCAGGCUUCGCAGUGCACUUUGUCAACCUGUGUCCAAGAGACCAGCGGUGAGCUGCCCAAACUCAAGCAGCAGUUGGAGCUGCUGCAGAACCUGGUUCUCACGUACAAGGAUGCCCUGUCAGACAUGACGCAGCGGCUCAAAGGUUCGCUUCGGGGACCGGAGGCACUUGCAAGUGAGCCAGUGACAGGUCCUUUGUGCUUGGCAGCUCCCAGCUUGGCAGCGCACGCCAGGCGCCAUGCCACGGUGGAUCGCUCCUGGCAGCCGGGCAGCCACAGUCUCAAGAAGCUGGUUGAGAACGUGCUGCAGUUUGUGGAGGAGCUCCACUCUCGCGUGCGCUCGGUGGAGGAGACCUCGUCGCUGAACGAGCUUGCAGACCUCAAGAGGCAAGUGGACAUUCUGCAGGGAGAGACCUUGAUGAGCUUUCAUCAGCUCCAGCAAGCAGUGGCGGACCUCAACUGUCACCGAGUGCAGGAUGUCCAGACACCUGGGCGAGGAUCCAGUUCUGAGGCUGCGCUGCAACAGCUGACCGUCAGAGUCGGGCGACUGGAGGCGCUGGGCCCAGCCCAGCCCAGAGUUGACCGUUUGGAGGACCAGUGCUUGCGACUCUCCAACAGAAUCGAACGUCUGGAGGCAAGCUGGCAACCUGAAAAGCCCACGCUAGAGGCAAGCGUGCGUGGGGAGCCGAACCGAAGUGGCGAAGAGGCUGAUUGGCUCCGGCAGCUGGUGAUCAGGUUGGAGUGUUUGGAGGCCAUCAUGCCCGAGAAGUUGGGUAGAAGCGGCCAGGAGGCUGCAAUGAUUCAGCAGCUGGUCCCCAGAGUGGAGCGACUCGAGGCCACACCGGUGCAGCUGGACCGCAUCAACCGAGAGGUCGCGUUGUUCCAGCAGCUGGUCGACAGAGUGGAGCAUUUGGAGGAGGCAGAGGGAGCCGUGGCGGGAGUUGACCACAAGGUUGCAUCGCUUCAGCAGCUGGUCAAUAGAGUGGAGCAACUGGAGGCUAGUCCGCCCCAGCAGCUUGACAGAGUCAGCCAGGAGGCUGGAUCCCUUCAGCAGCUGGUCAACAGAAUGGAGCUGAUUGAGGCUAGUGCGCCCCAGCAGCUUGACAGACUCAGCCAGGAGGCUGCGUCGCUUCAGCAGCUGGUCAACAGAGUUGAGCGACUGGAGGCUAGCGGGCCUCAGCAGCUUGACAGAGUCAGCCAGGAGGUUGCAUCGCUUCAGCAGCUGGUCAAUAGAGUGGAGCGACUUGAGGCUGGUGGGCCCCAGCAGCUUGACCAGCAGGCAGCGUCGCUUCAGCAGCUGGUCAACAGAGUUGAGCUACUGGAGGCUAGUGGGCCUCAGCAGCUCGACAGAGUGAGCCAGGAGGCUUCGUCUCUUCAGCAGCUGGUCAAUAGAAUUGAGCGACUGGAGGCUAGCAUAUCUGACCUGCUGGAGAGAUCAGCCCAGGAGGCAUCGUCGCAGCAGCUGCUCGGCAGAGUGGAGCGACUGGAGGCCAAUGGCUCACGCCAGCUGGAUCGAAUCGAAGAGGAGGCUGUAUCACUCCAGAAGCUCGUCGGCAGAAUGGAGGGGCUGGAGGGACACGUGCUACAGCGGCUUGACCAGUUGGAGGCGAAGUGGGAAGCGGUCGCGGAAGCUGAGGCGACGGAGGCAGAGGUGGAGCUACGAGUGGAGCGGCUGGAGGCAACCGUGGCCGAGCUGUCCAAAGAAUCGCGGGGCCUUCGCUCGGCGAUAGACACCGCCCACGAACACACCAGCCUGGAGUUUCAGGAUGCGAUGCAGAAACUCGAGAGCGACCAAGCGCGGCUGCACGCGCGCCUGGAGGAUCUGGAGGAGCCGGUUCUCCGACAGAUGGUGGAGGAGACCGCGGAGAAGGCGCUCAAAGAAAGCGUCGCAACUUUCACACAGCUGCAAGGCGAUUUCUCGGCUUUGCAGCAAUCUCUGGCACAGCAGAGCGGGGAGGCCCAUCAACGCGGGGCUCAGACCGAGACUCAACUGGCCUCCGUGAGGCAGGAGACAUCGGCAAACACUGCUAAGUGUCGAGAGCUCAGUGAGUCCUUGUCGCGGUUGCAGAAGAUGCUGCCACCGCAGACUCAGUUGGAGGAGCUGGCGGAUGGCCGGGAGCGCCUCUCCAAGGACCUCCAGAAGUUGCAAGAGCAGCUGCUGGCCAAAGAGUCGGAGCUGGCCAAGAGGAGCGAGGGCAAAGCGGACGCCGCAGAGCUCCAGCGCCUCGAGUUGCGGAUCGCGCACUGCAGCACUGAGCUGCGAGAGGAGCUACUGGACCGGGCGCGGCUGUCCAAGGAUGUCCAGAAGUUGGAGCAGGAACUGCUGGCCAAAGAGGCUGAGCUGACCAAGAGGAGUGAGGGAAAAGCAGAUGCGGCCGAACUCCAGCGCUUGGAGCAGCGGUUGACUUUCUGCGGCGCCGAAGUUCACGAGGCUGCGACGCGGAAGGAGCUUCAGCGCACCAGCAAUGAGCUUGUGGUUCUGCAAUCCAAGCUUGAGCAGUUGCGAGAGGAAGGCUCCAGGCAGGGGCAGCUUACCAGUGAGCUGUUGGAAGCGCAGGGCAUGAAGCAGCAGGAUCACGCGCUGCAAGAAGAGCUUCAGGCGCUUCGGAAAGCUCAAUCCGCCUUGGAUGCCAAGCUGGCAGGCCUGGAGCCGGAGGCGCGGCGCAUCGAGCGCGUGCCUCACGCGCUGCAGAACCUGCAGGAGUCUAUGACAGCCAUCAAGUCCGAGUUGGUUCAGGUUCAGAAUCUGGCAGGUGUGCAUCAGCCUGGAGACAGCCCUCCGCGAGCGAAGGUGCAGGCGCCGGCAUCUGCCCGGGAGCCCUCAGCGCGAGCGCGGCUGGGCGAUCUUCUUUUUGAGCCGCUGACUGCCGCGCCCCGGGUGACUGAUAUCGCCCAUUUAGCAGAGGAAUUGCAGAAGGCACGCGCCGCCUCGGUCCACCAGACGCGCAUGGAGGUGCACCGAGCAGAGGCGCUUGGAGCUUUGGAAUCCAAGGUGAGCGCUGUGACACUGCGCCUGGAAGACGCCUGUGCGCGCAUCCACGAGGCGGAGCUGGGCCUCGAUGCUGCCAGCCGCGGCGGCCUGGCGCUGCGCUUGAGGUUGGAGCAGCUGCAAAGUUCGGUUGAGCUCCGCCUCACCUCCCUGGCGGGCGACCUGGCAGAUGUUACCCUUCGCCAACAAGCGAUGGAGCGUGGACUGCCUCAGGCCCGCGAUAGAUCUGCACAGCUGGCACGCCCAAGCCAUGCCGCCGAAGAGGACUUGUGGGAGCGAUUUCGACGCAAAGCACCGUGAUCACGCCUACUUCAGUGCUGGCCUGGUGAAGGCGUCGAUUGUGG